CCUUGAGGCCUGAGGCUGGCUGGCGCCCGGGACGCGGGGAACAUGGAGGCGGUGCUGAGGCGGGAGCUGGGCUGCAGCUCCGUCAAGGCCAUGGGUCACUCCGGAAGCGGGUGCAUUAGCCAGGGCCAGAGUUAUGACACGGACAGAGGACGAGUGUUUGUGAAAGUGAACUCCAAGGCGGAGGCCAGAAGAAUGUUUGAAGGUGAGAUGGCAAGUUUAACUGCCAUCCUGGAAACAGGCACAGUGCGAGUGCCCAGACCCAUCAAGGUGCUCGAUGCCCCCGGAGGCGGCAGCAUGCUGGUGAUGGAGCACUUGGACAUGUCGUCUCUGAGCAGUCAUGCUGCAAAGCUUGGAGCCCAGCUAGCAGAUCUGCACCUAAAGAACAAGAAGCUUGGAGAGACGCUCCAGAAGGAGGCCAGCACAGUGGGGAGAGGAGGUGGGCAGGUGGAACGGCCCUUUGUGGACCAGUUUGGGUUUGACGUGGUGACAUGCUGUGGAUACCUCCCCCAGGUGAACGACUGGCAGAAGGACUGGGUCGAAUUUUAUGCCCGGCAGCGCAUUCAACCCCAGAUGGACAUGGUAGAGAAGGGGUCUGGGGACAGGGAGGCCUGUGAACUCUGGUCUGCUCUGCAGUUAAAGAUCCCUGACCUGUUCCGGGAUCUGGACAUUGUCCCAGCCCUGCUCCACGGAGACCUCUGGGCAGGAAAUGUAGCAGAAGAUUCCUCUGGGCCCAUCAUUUUUGAUCCGGCUUCUUUCUAUGGCCACUCGGAGUAUGAGCUGGCCAUAGCAGGCAUGUUUGGAGGCUUUAGUGGCUCCUUCUACUCUGCCUACCACAGCAAAAUCCCCAAGGCUCCAGGGUUUGAGAAGCGCCUUCGGCUGUAUCAGCUCUUUCACUAUUUGAACCACUGGAAUCAUUUCGGAUCAGGGUAUAGAGGGUCUUCCCUCAGCAUCAUGAGGAAUCUCAUCAAAUGAGCUGGAGUCCUCUGGAGGGAGGCCUCUGCGGGGAGUCUGGGGGCCUCAAGUUCAGGAGCACCAGAUCCUAAGCAGACGCCUGCCCCAGUCCCUCUCGUUCCUCCACAGCCCUCUCCACCAGGGCUUCUUCCUCGUUUCUUCACAUACCUGCAGUAGCUUCAGACCAACUCUCCAAGCCUUGUAAAGUACGUAAUAUCUCAGAAGAAAGGUUUUGUCAACCUAAAGUUGUACACUUCGUUAGACUUCAUAGCUGGAUAACACCGCACUAGAAAUACGGUGUGAACAGAGGGACCUGUGGAGUGGGGGCCGCGUGGAACCACGUGCUGCUGCAGGUGGGGA